AUGGCCAUUCCAAAAGCUCUCUACUCUUUAGCCAUCCUUGUCCUUCUCUUUGUGGUUGCAAGUAGUCAAACUUUGUGCAAUCCAGAAUGCAAGGCUAAAGAACCCUUCAACUGCGACAAUGUUCUUACAUUCAACCGAUCUGGAUUUGCAAAGAAUUUCACUUUUGGUGCAGCUACUUCUGCAUACCAGAUUGAAGGUGCUGCAUAUAGAGCAUUGAAUGGAUGGGACUACUACACUCAUAGAUAUCCAGAAAAAGUUCCAGAUAGGAGUUCAGCAGACCUUGCUUGUGAUUCGUAUCAUCUUUACAAGGAGGAUGUAGCACUACUAGUAAAACUCAAGGCUCAAGCAUACCGAUUCUCAAUAGCAUGGUCAAGGGUCUUACCAAAGGGAAGACUGAGUGGAGGAAUCGACGAGAAUGGUAUUUCAUACUACAACAAUCUCAUCAACGAGUUAGUAAAGAAUGGCAUUGAACCAUAUGUCACUAUAUUUCAUUGGGAUAUGCCUCAAACUUUAGAAGACGAAUACAAAGGCUUCCUAGACAAACGUAUAGUGGAGGAUUUCACCAACUACGCGGAGCUUCUAUUCCAAAGAUUUGGAGACAGAGUCAAAUUUUGGAUCACUCUGAACCAGCCUUACUCUCUCGCAACCAAAGGUUAUGGUGAUGGAUCGUAUCCACCGGGACGGUGCACCGGCUGUGAAUUUGGAGGAAACUCUGCGACCGAACCUUAUAUAGUUGCACAUAACCAACUUCUAGCUCAUGCAACUACUGUAGCUUUGUACCGUGAAAGAUAUAAGAAAUCUCAAGGUGGUAAAAUAGGAACGACCUUGAUUGGAAGAUGGUUCGUACCAUUAAACGAAACUAGUGAGGCGGACAAGGCUGCUUCAAAACGGGCAUUUGAUUUCAUCGUCGGAUGGUUCUUGGAUCCAUUGGUGUAUGGAGACUAUCCAGAGAUAAUGAAAAAGAUGCUUGGAGAUAGAUUGCCAACAUUCGAACCUAAAGAAUCAGCUUUAGUCAAAGGAUCACUUGAUUUUCUAGGGUUGAACUAUUAUGUUACACAUUAUACGGCCGACGCAUCUAUUUCUAUUCCUCCAAUACCUAGUGUCGCAACCGAUCCACGAAUUACACUUACAUAUUAUCGGGGUACAGAUCCUAUUGGCGUUGUGGCUCCUAGCUUCGUGUACUAUCCUCCAGGAUUCCGUAUGAUUCUAAAUCACAUCAGAGUCAACUACGGAAACCCACUUACCUACAUUACUGAAAACGGAGUUGCUGAUCCAGGAAACGGAAACUUACCGAUUGGAGAAGCUCUUGCUGACACAAAAAGAAUUCAGAAUCAUUGCAGCCAUCUUUCGUGUCUCAAAUGUGCCAUUGCGGACGGAUCCAAAGUAGCAGGAUAUUUCGCGUGGUCCUUAAUGGACAAUUACGAAUUUGGAAAUGGUUACACUCUCCGGUUUGGUAUGAAUUGGGUCAACUUUACUAAUCCUAGUGACCGUAGACAAAAGGAUUCUGGCAAAUGGUACUCUACAUUCAUCACAAAAUAA